AUGAAACACGGCAAAGUGGAGCAAGAACAGGACAAUGGAGCCCUCCUCUCGCUCGCUGUAUGGCAACUUUACGUGCAGCAGAGCUCAGUGAUGGAGCCACGUGGGAAUGCCGACAUGGUGGAAAACAUGACCAGUCACAACCUAUUAGGUGCUCUUCUCAACACUCCGGCGAAUGCUCCGUAUCGGCAGCCCGUCCAGUUCGCAGGCCAGCCCAGGCGAUUGCAACCUAGACUAUGGAUAUGUCUUGACGGGUUGGUACUCUUUGUUGCGGCGGUGUAA